UGCCUCACUGUGCCGAUAUGUUUUUUUUAAAGCGUGGAGUUUAUCAACAUCACAAAAUGUUCAGAGGACUGCUAUUUAUGAUCGUCAUAUGGAGUGUGACCGGGUUCAACAUUCAAAUAACUCCUGUGAAGCAUUUCAAAGAAGAUGAUCCACUCUUUGGUCAAACCAUUAUUCAAUCAACAGAUGGAGUUUUUGUUCCUUCCCCAAAAAAUGGAGCACUUUUCAGAUGCACCUUACAGGAUGAAUGCAUUGAAGUAAAUUCUGAUGAUGAAAAACCUAAAGGCCUGAGACCGGUAGUAUCAGUAUCUAGCCUGACAUCAGAAGAGGAACAAUGUAUUAUGAUGUGUAAUCAAGUUCGCAUAAAAAAGUCAGUAACUGAGGAUUUGAACGGAGAUUGCAAACUGAUGAAUCCAUCUGGAAGAGUCACUGGAAAACCGAAUCCUGUUGCAUUAGUCAACAACAACAACAACAAUCAUUAUCAAGGUGCAAGGACUGGUCAAGAUCAACGGAAGAUGAGAAGAGACGCCCAGCCAGACGGUGAUACAAAAGAUAGGGAUUAUGAUGUGAAUGUGCCACUGCCAUCAAAAUCUGCACUUCUGUCUCCUGCUACAAACCAAAUGGAAAAUAAAAAAUUCAACAGCAACAACAACAACAACAAUCAUUAUCGAGGUGGAAGGAUUGAGGAAGUUAAACGGAGGAUGAGAAGAGACGCCCAGCUGGAUAGUGACACAGAUGAAGAUGAGGAUGAGGAUGAUGCUGGGACAGAGAUUGCUUUUGUGCUGGAUGGCUCUGGUAGCAUUCAACAUGAUGACUUUCGGAGAGCCAAAGACUUUAUCUACAAUGUCAUGUUUAAUGUUUGGAACACAUGUUUCGAUUGUAACUUUGCAAUAGUGCAAUAUGGUAGUAAGAUCAGGACAGAGCUCUCACUACUAGACAAUGACAACGGGGCCAAAACCUUGCAAAAGGUCAAAGAAAUACAGCAAAUUUACAAUCUCACAAAGACCGCCUCAGCCAUCCAUCAUGUCCUCACAGAUAUUUUCAUCCCUGAGAAUGGAUCAAAGAUUGACUCCAAAAAAAUUAUCAUUGUAUUGUCUGACGGAGAAAUUUUGGGAGACAAUAUGAUUCUUUCUGAUGUUUUGAACAUGCCACAAAUGAAAGGUGUAACUCGCUAUUCCAUAGGAGUUGGUGAUGGCAUUCUGAAAAAACCUAAAGCAAUACAAGAGAUGACGGACAUAGCAGACCGUGGCAAAUUUUUCAAUGUUUCCAAUUAUGCUGCAUUAGAUGACAUUCUGUCAUCACUGCAACAAAGUUUAAUUGGAAUUGAAGGCACUCAGCAAGGUGCAGGAUUUCAGUUCCAGCUUGCUGAAACUGGAUUCAGCACCCAUCUCAUGCAGGACGUAACCACCUUUGAGAUUAGUACAACACUGUACAUAUCUGGUGCACCACGCUAUAACUUGACUGGUGGGGUAUUUAUUUUUAAUGGCUCUGAAAAGUAUGUGCUCCAGGGAGAUCAGGUUGGAUCUUACUUUGGAUCGGUUCUUUGUGCCUUGGACAUUGAUAAAGAUGAAUACACAGAUUAUCUAUUAGUUGGAGCACCACAUUUUCAUCUAAAUGGAGAAGAAGGCAAAGUGCUAGUGUACAAACUGAAUCAGCAGGACAGGUUUGAGAGCGUGUCCAGGGAGCUGAAGGGAGAUGAAGGACAGACCUUCGCCAGGUUUGGUGCAGCUAUUGCCUCUAUAGGAGAUAUUGAUGGGAACAAGUUCAAUGAUGUAGCAGUUGGCGCUCCUCUAGAAACAGAUUCCUCUGGAAGCAUUUACAUUUACAAUGGAUUCAAACAUGGACUUAACUUUUCACAAAAAAUUUCACCCUCAGAUUUUGGAAUGAAACUUGUGCACUUUGGUCUGUCAGUAACUGGUGGACCUGCCAUGGCAUCAAAUAAGGCCUCCAUUGCUGUUGGAAGUCAAGGGGGGGUGAUUGUUUUCGAGACAAUCCCUGUUAUUGUUAUCAAACCAGAUAUAAUAAUUACUCCAGAUGUCAUUCCUCUCAAUCAACAGAUGAUUGAAAUAUCCAGCACGUUUGACAUAAUGUACCACAUAUGCUUUACAGUGAUUAAUGGAAAGCUUCAAAUUCAACUUCCUAUUAAGUACCAAAUUGCCUUGGAUUCUGGCGUAAACAAAAAGCGCCUCACUGUUGACGGCCGAGAUCUCUUAGAAAACACUUUCACCUUGACACCAGAUGUAGAGUGUGCACCUGUUAUCAACCUAAAAUAUUUGGGCUGUUUUGAUUGUUUUUCACCUAUUCAAAUCAAGCUGAAUUUUUCAUUGGAUCUCCACUCAAAUGAAGCCCCUAUACGAAUCCUUGAUGCAUUUACUCCAACAGAGGUUGUAAAGGAGAUUUCCUUUAAAAAGGAUUGCAAGGUUACAGAUUGUAAACCAAAUAUUACAUUAUCUGAUUCAAAAAUUAGUGAAACUUCGAUCAUAAUCGGAGAAACUCAAAGCUUGAGUAUCAAUUUCAAUCUUACAAACACUGAAGACCCUUCCUAUAUGACCACCCUGACUUUGACCUUCCCCAGCAUACUGAGUCAAAAGAAAAUAGAAGGUGCCACCUGUCCUGUGAAGAAUGACAAUCAGAUACAGUGUAAUCUUCAACACCCUGUUUUCAAAAGAGGAGCGCAGACCAACCUUUUCAUCUCAUGGCAGCUCAAUGACAUCAAAUCAGAUUUGAAGAAUUCUGAGAUUAUUGCUAAUCUAACCAGUCAGAAUCGUGGCUCUAAAAUUCUGGACUCUAAAAUAUAUGCAUUUGCUGUGAAGUAUUCCCUACCAAUCCAGCUAACUGGCUCAGCCGAUCCAAGCAGACUUAGUAUUGAAGAGGGGAAAGAAGGAAAGACUCAGAAGAUUCAGUUUGUAUUUCAGUUUGCAGGUGAAAAUAAGUAUGGCGCUACAGUCGGUGUAGUUGUAACCAUAACAAAGGACACCUUCAAAACUGGUUUGGACAUCAUUAGUGUCACACCACAUGAGGAGUGUGUUUUUUCAGAAAAUACUAAAGCGGAGGGAUCCUAUGUCAUCAACUGUACCAUGACAAAGCUGCAGAAAAUCAUCAUUGAUGCCAAUGUUUUGAUACAUGAUGUUCAGGAGAAAUCAAACAAGAUUACUGCCGUAGGAACAUACAGCUUUGAUGAGACCGUCUAUACUGCGAAGGAUACUUUGAGGACCAUUCCGGUGGAGGUGAUAAUUACGAAGCUGCGCGUGACGACAUCUAAAGGUCCCAUCAUUGGAGGAUCCAUAGGCGGGUUUCUGCUCCUUUUCAUCAUCAUUAUCAUUCUCAUUAAGUGUGGCUUUUUCCGUCGCCGCCGUAAAGUGGACCAAGCACAGAGUCCAAACUGAAGACCGGCACAGCCCAGGAGGGACCAUAUAUUACCAUAUAUCUUGCUUAAGUUUGUGUCAAAAAAUAUAUUGUUUGUAAGAUGAAUUUAUAGUCUUGUUUUUAUUGUCAAUUUAACAUUAAGAAGACGUUUUAAUGAUUGAUUGUAUUUAAUAUUGUAUAUAAACCUACAGAAAGAAUGAAAGACAAAAUCUGUGUUUCUAAGUAAAUCUAAAUCCUAAAUAUUCCACAAUCUAGGGACUGACAGCUAUUUCCUUGCACGGAAGUCAUUUGCUCAAGAUUUGAUGAGACACCAAACUCCAAAACCAAAAGUCAAAGAUAAUUUUUCUGAUGGAUUUUAUGAUCCAAUUUAUAGUAUAGCAUCUAUGGCAAUCAAAUGGCAAGACCCAUUUACAAACCAAUUUGCAUGAAAAAAAAAAUCAUCUUAAACCGGUUAAGAACUAACCACCAAAAUACAUUUGUAUUUUGGUGGUUAGUUCUUACCUGGUUUAAGAUGAUUUCCCAGCCUGGUCAAGGUCAUGUUUAAGUAGUUGACUGGUGGUUCUGGUAAGCUGAAAAGUGCUCAGAACUCUUUAUAAAACAAACAUAUAACCAACUUGCCCAGGCUGGGAGACCAGAAGAGACAUCAUACUCUUUUGAAAUUGGAAAUAAAGUCUAUUAACUAGCGGUCAAUAACCUCCACGUGAUGUGUACACACAUUACAGUCACACAUACAUACACGUGGUCAUGUGAUAUGCUCUUGCUCUCACAUGUCUGGCUAUGUUUACUCUUGCAUCUGACUACUGAAUGUCACAGCUUGUUGUGUAGAAAUAAAUGGCCAC